AUGGCGGGGGAGUUAGUGGGUGGAGCUUUUCUCUCUGCGACCCUUCAAGUUGUUUUCGACAGGAUGGCUUCUCAAGAGGUUGUGGAUUUCAUUAGGGGAAAGAAACUGGAAAAGGAACUGCUGAAGAAACUGAAGCCAGCCCUGAUGUCCGUUAAAGCGGUGCUGGAUGAUGCUGAAGUCAAGCAGAUUGUCAACCCACAUGUCAAAGGUUGGGUUGCUGAGCUCAAAGAUGCUGUUUAUGAUGCGGAGGACCUCCUCGAUGAGAUCGCUUCGAAACAGCUCGAAGAUAUCCUUGAGAGACUACAAUCUCUAGUCAACCAAAAAGAUAUCCUCGGUUUGAAAGAAUUUAGAGGAGAAAAGGCAUUUCCAAGAUCCCCUGCAACUUCUUUGGUGGAUGAAUUUGAUAGAUGUGAUUCCAAUAGUGGAUUAACCACCCUUGCACAACUGAUUUACAAUGAUAAGAGAGUGGAGGAAUGGUUUGAACUCAAAGCAUGGGUGUGUGUUUCAGAAGAAUUUUAUGCUCUCAGGGUGACCAAAAUCAUUCUUGAAGAGAUCACUUCUACUGUUGAUGUUAGUAAGAACCUAAACCAGCUUCAACUUCAACUGAAGGAGAAGCUAUUGGGAAAGAAUUUUUUAUUUGUUUUAGAUGAUGUUUGGCAUAGGAGAUAUGUUGACUGGGAAGAAUUGAAAAGUUCUUUCACUUAUGGGGCAAAGAAGAGCAAGAUUAUUAUAACAACGCGUGAUGAAAACGUUGCAUCAAUCAUGAGGAGCGUUCCAACUUAUCAUCCUAGUAUCUUAUCUGAUGAUGAUUGUUGGCGACUAUUCGCAAAACUUGCAUUUGUCAAUACAAGCCCAACCGUGCAUCCACAAUUGAAGGUAAUUGGUGAAGCAAUUGUCAAAAGAUGCAAAGGCCUCCCUCUAGCAGCAAAAGCACUUGGAGGUCUUCUGCGUUGUGAGUUGGACGCUGAUGAAUGGAAUAAAAUAUUAAAGAGCAAUUUAUGGGACAUAACAGACGAUAUUCUUCCACUACUACGAUUAAGUUAUUACUAUCUUCCUUCACAUUUGAAGUGUUGCUUUGCAUAUUGUCCACUUUUUCCCAAAGAUUAUGAAUUCAAAAAGGAAGAGCUCAUUCAAUUAUGGAUGGCUGAAGGUCUUUUACAGUUUUCCAAAGAAAAUGGCAAUGCAGAAGAACGAGGUGAUGAGUACUUCAAAGAUUUAGUAUUGAGGUCAUUUUUCCAACAAUCAAGAGGGAAUAAAGUUUGUUUUGUCAUGCAUGAUCUAAUUAGUGACUUUGGCUAAAUCAAUAUCUGAAGAUUUUUUUUGC